GUGCGCCCGCUCCCGUGCGUAAGAUCCGGGCUCGGGGAAAGGAUGAAUGUUAAUUUCAAAGAUGGCGGCGGAGGGAGGAGGGAAGGAGAUGAACGAAAUUAAAACUCAGUUCACCACUCGGGAAGGUGUCUACAAACUCCUCACUCACUCCGAAUACAGCCGUCCCAACAGGGUGCCUUUCAACUCGCAAGGCUCCAACCCCGUCAAAGUCUCCUUCGUGAACGUCAACGACCAGUCGGGCAACGGCGACAGGAUCUGUUUCAAUGUGGGCCGAGAGCUCUACUUCUACAUCUACAAAGGCGUUAGAAAGGCUGCUGACCUGAGCAAGCCUAUAGACAAGCGCAUCUACAAGGGAACGCAGCCCACCUGCCAUGACUUCAACCACCUCACAGCCACGGCAGAGAGCGUAUCCUUGCUGGUGGGAUUCUCAGCAGGGCAGGUACAGCUCAUCGACCCUAUCAAGAAAGAGACCAGCAAACUGUUUAAUGAAGAGAGACUAAUAGACAAGUCCAGAGUAACAUGUGUGAAAUGGGUGCCAGGGUCUGAGAGCCUGUUCCUGGUCUCUCAUGCCAGUGGGAGCAUGUAUCUUUACAAUGUGGAGCACACUUGUGGCACCACGGCACCACACUACCAGCUGCUCAAACAGGGAGAGAACUACUCUGUACACACCUGCAAGAGCAAGUCCACGCGGAACCCCCUUCUUAAAUGGACAGUGGGCGAGGGGGCGCUGAACGAGUUUGCCUUCUCCCCUGAUGGGAAGUUCUUAGCCUGUGUAAGCCAAGACGGCUUCCUACGGGUGUUCAACUUUGACGCUGUGGAGCUUCAUGGCACCAUGAAGAGCUACUUUGGAGGCUUGUUGUGUGUGUGCUGGAGCCCUGAUGGGAAGUACAUAGUUGCAGGUGGAGAGGACGAUCUUGUGACUGUAUGGUCGUUCUUGGACUGUCGCGUCAUUGCCCGAGGUCAUGGGCAUAAAUCAUGGGUGAGUGUGGUGGCAUUUGACCACUACACCACCAGCGUGGAAGAGAGCGACCCCAUGGAGUUCAGUGGCAGCGAUGAGGACUUUCAGGAUCAGAUGAUCCAUUUUGGACGAGACCGGGCCAACAGUACACAGUCUCGCCUCUCCAAGCGCAAUUCCACAGACAGCCGGCCUGUUAGCGUUACGUACCGGUUUGGCUCAGUGGGCCAGGACACUCAAUUGUGCCUAUGGGACCUUACUGAGGACAUUCUCUUCCCCCACCUCCCGCUUUCACGAACACGGACGCACACUAACGUGAUGAAUGCUACCAGCCCCCCUGCAGGUGCUACAAUAAUCACUAACACCCCUAGUAAUGCUACUAAUGGAAACAACAGUGGGGCCAAUACCCCCGGUAUGAACUCCCUCUCAACUACAUUACCACGCUCCAACAGCCUACCCCAUUCAGCCGGCACCACCACAACGGCAAACAAUACCAACAAGGCUGGCAGUGGUGGUGGAAUUGGCAGUGGUAUUAUGGACAGUGCCAUCGCUACAGGUGUGAGUAAGUUCGCCACACUGUCACUCCACGACCGCAAGGAGCGCCACCAUGAGAAGGACCACAAACGCAACCACAGCAUGGGCCACAUCAGCAGCAAGAGCAGUGACAAGCUCAACCUGCUGACCAAAACCAAAACAGACCCUGCUAAGACUCUGGGUACUCUGCUGUGCCCACGCAUGGAGGAUGUUCCCCUCCUUGAGCCCCUCAUCUGUAAAAAGAUAGCACACGAGAGACUGACUGUACUCAUAUUUUUAGAGGACUGUUUAGUGACUGCUUGUCAGGAGGGAUUUAUUUGCACAUGGGCGAGGCCAGGCAAAGUGGGUUUAUUGUCAUCCCAAAACCAAGCCAGCUCUCCCAGUGGAACAGUAGUAUAGCCACAAUAUUUCUGCUGCUAAAGAACCCUGCAACCCAGAGUCUGAUGCUGCUCUUCACCCCGCAAGCAUUGCAAGUUUUCCUUUUUUCUUUCACUCCCCCUCCCUGGUUUUGUUAAUGGCUUUUCUAUUAUUUUCGUUUAUCACUCACUUGACCUAGAGGAGAAAUGGAGGAAGGAAGGGUGUGGUGCAAUUUUGGACUACUGCGCUAAUGUAUUGUUUCUCUGGAAUUUUAAAACGUUUUAGAAUUUGUAUCUUUCUUUCACAUUCAAAUCUCAUCAGACUGUUUUUGUCCCCUCUGGAAUUUAAGCUUGGCUUUGUUAGAUGCAAACCAGUCAACUGAGGCUUGAGAUUAAAGGGAUAGUUCAUUCUAUUUUCAUAAUCGGUUAACCCUUUUCUUUUUUUUCUUUCUUUCUUUCUUUCUUACUUUUUUUUUUUUUUAAACCUGGUGAGCCGCGUCUCGGGGCUCAGGGUUACUUACUGAAUUAUGAAUACUGGGUGAACUGUCCUUUUAUUACCAAGUGCGUGAGCAUCUGAAGAAUUUGCAUCCAUCCACAUUCACACACCACAUUUGUCUUUCUUAAGUAGAAUUUCCCCACCAACAACUUUGCACUGAUUUUGUUAGUUAUUUUGUUGUUUGUUUUAUAACUACUAUAAUGGAACAAAAAAAGAGGGUUGAGGACUGCCUUGUUGCACUCGGCUUUAACAUCCUCAGUCUUGAAAUCUGAAUCUAUAAAGCUGGAUGCUGCAUAGUCUUUUUAAAGAAAAAAGUUUGCACUUAAAUUAGUUUAUUAGAAGAAAAUGGCUUUACAUUUUUGGGUGUGCUCAGAACUCACAGACGGCUAAUACAGUAGGUGAAGGAAAUGAUAAAACUAUUAAAACCUUUAUCUAUUGAGCAUUUAUUUUAAUAUUAUUUCAGAUUCAAAUCUGCUCUGUAUCAUAAUGUGUAUAUUGUAAUUCAGUGAUUUGAUGGGGGCCUAAGCAAAUGACCAUUACUCCAGUGGAAGUUUUGUCAUUGAUAGUUAUAUUUCUAAAGCCUAAAGUAUACAUAUUAAUAAUAUUAAAAUAAUCUUGAAUACACAGGUUUCUGUUUUUUUCUUUUUGGUCAAGGUUCACCCACAUGUACUGUAUUUGCAUAAUAGAGCUGUAAGCCCCCAGGCAUAAAAUUGCUUAUUUAGUCAAACAUGUUGAUGUUGUACAAAAGGGGCUGUCAAGUGUGGAAGUCUAUGAAGCUCAGGAAGUCUUGCAGACAACAGUUGAAUCUCAAAAGACUCUCCUCAACUUGAUACAGGCUUUUGAUGCCUCAGUCUCAAAAAGGAUUUUGAGAAAAUUUGGAACUACAUAUCCUGCAGUCCACUCCCUACAUGAAUUUUGAUGAAACACACAAAGAAUUCAGAUAAAUAGCUUGAGAUUGACCCAAGGAGUUGAUAUCUUGUCUACCAACUGUGACACUUUGUGACAUCAAGCAACCUCCUACACACUUGAACCAUGAAGCGGCAACCACCCAGGGCCUUUUCCAUUUGACACUAUUCAAGUUUUAAUGUACUUUAUUUUAUUUUUCUUUUGUGAUUACCAAUCAUUGUCGAUGCCAUGAAGAGUUCCGUGACCCUACACUAACUGGGAGACAGAAAGAUGGUGAAGCAAAUAUAUUUUUGAUUAAUGUGGAUAACAUUUUACAUUUCACACUUUAUUCUUCAUUAAAAAAAAUCAUGAAUUCA